GCAAACAAGUCCGCUCCACUCACUCACAACUCACAUUUCGGGCCAAAUUCUCAAAAAUGAACACCCUGCGGAAACUGAACUGCCUGCCGUCCCUGCGAUCGGCGGGCGGUGCUUAUCGUCUGUUUGCUGGCAAGGAUCAGAAGAAGGAUUCCGCGGGGCAGACGACCAGACAGCCGGAGAAGCCAGCGGGCAAGGAGAAGGGCAAGGACAGUGGCAAAGCAAGUGGCAAGGCAAGUGGCGCAGGGUCGGCUGAUCCCGGCAAGAAGGCCACCAAGGUGACCCUGAUCAACGGCGAGGGCGUGGGACCCGAGCUGAUGAGCGCGGUGCAGGAGGUGAUCUGUGCCGUGAAGGCGCCCAUCGAGUGGGACGUCGUCGAGGAGUUCCAGGCCAAGGACAGCGAGGAUGUGUCCCCGGAGGUCCUGCAGUCGCUGCGCACCAAUAAGGUGGGCAUCAAGGGACCCGUGGACAGUCGCCACUGGCAGCGCCAGAUCCGCAAGCAGUUCGCCCAGUACGCCUACGUGUCCUUGUGCUCCCACAUCGAGGGCCUGGACUCGCCCUACGGCGCCUUCGACGUGGUGAUCAUCCGGGACCAGAUGGAGGGCGACUACUCCGGCAUCGAGCACCGCGUGGUGCCGGGCGUCAUGCAGACCAUCAAGGUGAGCACCACGGCCGGCGCGUCCAGGAUCGCCGAGUUCGUCUUCAACUACGCCGUGAAGCACAAGCGCAAGAGGAUCACGGUGGCCCACAAGGCCAACAUCAUGCGGAUGACGGACGGCAACUUCCUGGAGGCCAUGCGGGCGGAGGCCGAGAAGCACGUGGACGACGUCAUCUUCGAGGAGCGCUACCUGGACACCAGCAUCAUGAAGAUCAUGCUGGAGCCCCACACGUGCGACGUGAUGGUCUCGUCCAGCAUGUACGGCGACGUGCUGCGGGUGAUAGCCGGCGGCAUGAUGGGCGUGCCGGGCAUCUGUCCCGGCUACUCCGUCAGCUCCCUGGGCACCGUCUUCGACUGCCGCAUGAAGGCGUGCCACGCCCUCGCGGGCAAGGACGCAGCCAAUCCCACGGGCCCCCUGCUCUGCGCCGCCCUGAUGCUGCACCACGUGCAGCUGGACAAGCAGGCGGACCAAGUGGAGUGCGCCAUUCGCCGGGUCUACAAGAACACCGAUAUCCGCACCAAGGAUGUGGGCGGCAAGGCCAAGUGCUCGGAGUUCGUCAAGGCCGUGUGCGAUUGCCUCGAGGCGGAUAACUGAAGUGGCGCUCGGUGGUUGGGAACACAAAAUUGGCUAUCACAUAAAAGCCAUUAUCAUACCGACAAACCUUAACCUUACCUUAAAAGCUUUCCAAAAGAUAAGGAACUUUAAAACUUA